AUGUUCGUCAUCGGCAACAACAUGAUCGUCACUCUGGUGAUCAUCACUCCAAACUUCAAAGACUCUUGCCUUCAAACCAACGUGUCAGUUGUGACUGAAUUCCUCUUCAUUGGGGUUGAGAGCGGGCUGAAAAACGUCUACCUAGAGCUGGCCAUCUUCCUAUUGGUGGUCUACCUGAUGAUCCUGAUUGGGAAGCUCAUCAUACUUACCCUGGUGGCGACAGACCCCAAGCUGCAGUCAGCCAUGUACAUGUUCCUCAGCCAUCUGUCCCUCGUAGACAUUGUGAUAUCGACCAGUGUUCUGCCUAAGAUGAUAGCAGUGAGUUUGUGGAAUAACGUAACGAUCUCCUACUCAGCGUGUUUCCUCCAGUUGUAUGUGUAUUUGUCAUUUCAAACCGUCGAGAGCAUGCUGCUGUGUGUCAUGGCCUAUGACCCCUAUGUCGCCAUCUGCAAUCCCUUACAGCAGCAUUAUCUUAGAGACUGUGCGGUCUGUUGACUACAGCGGCAUGGGCAUCUGGACUCAGUUUACCUGUCUUCUGUGUCAUUUUCGCAGCACAAUUGCCCUUCUGUAGCAACAAAAUACAUUUUUGGUUCUGUGACCUUCCUCCUGUAGUUUCACUGUCCUGUUCGGACACAACCUUUUUGAUCGACAUGUAUUGCAUCUUCAGAGGGCCGUAUGAAAGCCUUCUCUCCCUGCUCCGCACAUCUCACUGUUGUCCUCCCCUUCUACCUCGCUCACUCCUGCGUCUACCUCAGUGCCAAAUCUGAAAACAUUCACUGUAAAAGUUAUAAUCUUAUAAUAUAUAAUAAUAAUAAUCUUGAUAUCUAUCGGUAAAUGCUUCCUGACUCCUGUCAUAAAUCCCAUCAUCUAUAGUUUAAGAAACAAAGAGAUAACGGCUGCGCUGAGAAGGCUCUGUUCUGGUA